AUAACUUUUAGAGUUUAAUAUAACUUUUAUUAUAUAUUUUAACCAUGAACACUUUUAGCAUUUUAUGUAUAUUUAAUAUAAUCGCUAUAAUUAGCUGUCAAUUGCAAUGUGUGGACGAAAAGGGAAAGCCUGUGGACUGGUAUGUAGUCUACAAACUUCCCAGAGUUACGGACGCCGAGCCCCCUUUAGACACAGGCCUACGCUAUGCAUACAUGACUAGUAUGUCCGACAAGGGAUGGACUCUGUCUGAUGUGGACAUCACUGACGAGAAGUCCAUAUUUGGACAGACAUUACACCCAUUAUAUGCCAAAACGGUUGACCCGAGCAUCAGUUAUAUCAAUUACAGCGAUCAGCCCCCUAAUGGUACCACGAAAUCUACCGGUGCUCACGCCAAGGGAGUCAUAGCCGCUGAUGACAGCCUAGGCUUUUGGCUCAUACAUACCGUUCCCAAGUUUGCGUCCGAAGAGGCUGAACACAAGUACAUAUACCCACCUACCGGUGCCAAAUACGGGCAGACAGCCCUAUGUAUAACCCUAAAAAUCACUGAACUGGACCGGGUGUUUGAGCAGAUGCUAUACAUGCAGCCAAACGCCUAUACCCUACACGUGAGCCCCGACCUCAAGAGUAGGUCCAAAAACAUCCAAUCAUUCAGUGAUAAGGACUGGAUAUCCGGCGAUAUGAACGUCCAGACCAUAGUCAGCGCCGGUGGUGUAAACUUCACAAGUUUUAGCAAAGCGCCGGGAGAUCACGUGGACCUGUACUCCCAGAUCAUGGCGCCGGCACUCAAGACCAACCUAUAUGUGGAAAGUUGGAGACAAGGGGUGGGAACUCCGUUACCCUCGGAGUGUGACCUCAAGAAAACUGUUGAAAACAUAGACGACAUUAGCGUAUCGUUUAUGAACUCCACACUGAAGGGACAGUUCGACUAUCUUAAGGAUCAUAGCAAAUGGGCUAUUAGUAAGACGGCUACCGUUCCCUUCGUAUGCUUCGGCGAUAUGAACCGAAUGCAGUCCCAGUUUAAGAGGGGUGGCGGACAGACAUGUUUCCAAAGCCCUAAUGUAUGGAAACAUAUGAAUGAUUGGGUGAUGGAUGUGGAAAAGUGCGACAAAUGCAAU